CAAUUCUCUGAAUAUCCACAAAAUGACCAGGAAACCAACGCCUCUCUGUUUCUCACCUUAAACCACCAAUUCGGCCCUCGCUCAGAUAUCCAUGCCUUUGGCGCCACGAGCGGCCCAUCUCCCAUGCUAUCCCGCGGCCAACCUUGUCUACGCAGACGGGGUCUAUCAGCCGUCUUAGACAAUGCCGCUGUCGGUCCCGAUGAACCUCUACUCUUCCUUUACCCGCGCUGGGUCACAUCUCGGAGGUCAAUUACGACGGUGAACCGUGUUACCGCUGCUCGGGCAGCUUCUGCGUCUGCGAGAUGUCUGCGCGGUUCGUCGAAUAUUCUUCCUUCGAGGCAAAACCGUCCCCCGCGGGGGUCAUCGUGGGGUUGUUCGUCGUUGCGAUGGAUGUCAUCUAGCGCCACACUGAGAAAUUAUCGGCCUAAAGAUCCGACGGGGCUAUCGGACAAGCAAGAUGGCUCUGGUGUGCAAGCAUCAGGAACAAUACGUGGUGAUACGGACAGGGCAAUAGAACGCAGGCGGGACCGAGUUCCAGUCGACCAGGCGACUACAAAGACAAAUAGCGGGAGGUCAUUUAAUGUAUUCGCCGAUAUCGAGUCCGAUCAAAAGGGAAAGAAAGUGCUUGCUACUGGCAAAUCUCACGCACGUCCGUUGGUGGCAGCUCGAGAGAGACGGAAGAGGUUGACGAAUAGAGACCAGAGGAAGCUUUUAUAUCGGUCAUAUUUGAAAGAAAUAGGCGAGGAGACUGGAAAAACGCAGAAAUGGGGAUUGAUGGAUAGCACCCAAAAGAUGCUGGAGCGUAUCCAGGAGAAAAUACCCGCGUUGACAUUGAAAGGCCCGAAGAACAAGGCAAUGUUGAUACCGGAGGAAACAGUGGCCUUGCUUUCGGGCAUCAACGACAUGGCGAUGAAGGAGAAUAUUUGGUAUGUACCGGUUCAUAAUGGCUGUAGGGUUCACAUAUUGUCUCCAAGCCAAAGCGUGGGACGCUAUCGCAAAGCUAUCAUCUCCGGGUCUCCACGGGUUGUAGAUUUGGUCAGCGAUCGGAUUGUGCGUGCGCAUCGUCUGCAAGAGACUGGUGAUCCCUUGGUCGAUAUCAGAAAACCCGUGGUUCCGGUUUUUCCAUCGAUAGAGGCCAUGAGACAGAAUAAUGCCCAGGUUCCAUUGAUCCGCGGGGUUUGGGACUUUUAUGAGGGCAAGAACUCUCACAUGCCGAUUGAGGCUGUUUUGGACUCUGAAAGACCGACAACCGUUAGGGGAUUCUUAGAGCAUGUUGAGGAUCUGCUGACAUCUACAACGUCGGGUCCUUAUCGCAGACAAGAGAAUCAGACGCGUCGACAAACGCCACACAAUUUACGAAUCCUCAGAACCCUCUCACAACUAUUUUUGAAUGAUGGAAACCAGAGGCUUCUUUCAACGGCUGCGUUGAAUAGUACGUUGUCCUUUUUCUGUCAACAUGAGUAUAUGAAAGCCUGCCGGGAGGUUAUUCUUCGGUGCGAACAUCUCGCGACAGUGGAUACGUUCAAUAUACUCCUAAGAGCAUGCGCAAGGCGACAGGAUUUCCGACUAUUUCGCCAUCUUUUGAUAUCCAUGGCUCGGCUACAGAUUCGACCGGACGCGAACACGUGGGUCGCGCUCCUCGAAUGCCAUGUGAGCCCUAAUGCGAAAGCGGGCCUAUUCAUGUACAUGAUGCGGAAAGGCCAUCUUUCUCAGAUUGGACCCAUGCGGACAGCGUUACAAACAGCUAUCCAGGAUACACUGGUUUUACAUCUCGAGGGCGGGGACAGCGUGGAUUCGUAUAUUAAGCUAUUCCAGAAUACGCACGGAACAAAUUGGUUCUCCCCAUCGUUGAUCAACAAGAUGUUCAAUGCUACUGUCGAACUCAAGAACUUUCCCGCCUUGAAUCGAUUGCUCGAAAUCUGCGAUGAGCAUGGUAUCAACAUCGACAGCUCGACUAUGCUCCGGAUCCUACCGAUCUGCCGUGCGAAUAUCUACGCAGCCCUUUUAUACGUCUUUCGAUAUGUCACUCGUCAGGGGUUCCGAAUGGACAGGGAAGCGCAAAUAUGGGAGAAGCUCUUCCUGAUCGCUUACAAGGGCCGGUGCUACAACAUUUGCCGCGUGAUAUGGAGAUACGCAUGCAUGAACGGGGCAGUCACCGAUAAGAUGAAGAUGUCCGUUCUCAGCUCCAUGACAACCAACGUCUCGAAGAAAAAAGUGAAUGUCCUUGAUAUUCUCUGGCGCUCUAACGCCGGCAAGAUUAGCGUCGGUGUUGAUCUGCAUCUGAGUGAAUACCCCUCCGCCGACGAAAUUAUGAAACUUACUCCUGUCAAAUUUCACUCGAACCCGGUCCAAUCUCUGAUGACAGGGUUCCAAGGAGGGAAAGAACGCGAGCGACAGCUGAUGUUGGCAACGGCGCUGGUCCGUCGUGAUAUCGAACUUGGUCGUCGGUACCGGCCUACGCAGCCAUUGCCUACCAUGCUUGAUGCAGCAGCGCUGUUUGAUCUUGAAUGGAAGGGCGUUCCACGGCCCCCUGAAUGGAUGGUACAACAUGCUAUCCAGGUGCCUGUGGAAUGGAAGGGUUACCUUAGAUCUAGCUGA